UUUUCGCUCGCGCGCACAUAGCGCCGAGGGAAGCUAACGGAAAGCUAACAGGCUAGUUUACGCUAGCUCCGAGUCCGCGGUCCAUCUUUCCCCCUAAUACCCGGGUGACAAACCGGGCUGUGACCGACAUCGGCCGGUGCUCUAAGCUACACGUCCACACACACGCGACAAUCGCGCGUGAGAUAAACCGAGCUGCGUGUGACCGCGUUUGAAGCCCGCUGACAUGUCAACGCCUCCGCGGUUCGACGGGUUGACUUCUGUGUGGCUACCGUUAGCUAGCUAGGCUAGGCUAAAUGGAGCUAGCCAGAACAACACGAUGUCACGUCAGAAGAUAACAACUUUGCCGAUGGUGACAAUUCGCUGCGGUCAAGACUGCAACCAGCUAGUUUCAAGCAGUAAAUCGAGUAGUUUGGGUGAUAUUUUGUGAUUCUUUUUUUGCCGCCAACUUUCCCCAGUAAACAGUUUACUUUGCUCUAAUAAUAAGGUACGUAGCUGUAAUGUUAGCACAUGUUAAUGUUGGGAUAAGACAUCAGAAUAGCAAUAACAUCAAUGAUUCAGAUAACAUGCGACGCUCAAAGCCAAACAGACAUGCUGCCUACGCCCCUCAAGAUGGUCACAUUUAACGUAAUUUGUUCUGCAGCUUGUGGACUGAUGCUCUUCCUCCAGCAUCUGGACUGAACCUGAGCUGAUCGGCAGUCUCUCUUUUCCACUGGUGAGACACUGCUGCUGCCAUGUCCAGACGCAGCAGGAACAGUCGCGCGUGGAGGUACGUUUGGGGAGGGAUGCGAAGGGAUGCUGACGCCCGGGCGCUUGAAGAAUGGAGCCGUGACCGCAUAGAGUUCAGCGACUCGGACUCCGAGGCGGACUUCUCAGCGGUGGUGGUCCCUCCGGUCCCCAGCGCGGUGCCCGUCACUGGAGAGUCCUACUGCGGCUGCGACUCCCAGGCUGAGAACAGCUACAACCCUCGCCUGCGAGGUUUCCACCAAGUCAAAGACUGCCACUGUGGCGAAGACGACCAAGAGUUUGACUGGGUUUGGGACGGCAACGGUGGAUCGACAGCGACGUUACUGAGCUGCGAGAACCGAAAAGUGAACUUCCACUCCGAUUACAGCUGUGGCACAGCAGCGAUCCGGGGCUCCAGAGAGCUGGCUGAAGGGCAGCACUUCUGGGAGAUUAAGAUGACGUCUCCGGUGUACGGAACCGACAUGAUGGUCGGCAUCGGUACUUUUGAUGUCAAUCUAGACAAAUACAGACACUCGUUCUGCAGCCUGUUGGGAAAAGAUGCAGACAGCUGGGGUCUUUCUUACACUGGCUUACUGCAUCACAAAGGAGACAAAAUGAACUUCUCCUCCCGGUUUGGACAGGGCUCCAUCAUCGGGAUCCAUCUGGACACGUGGCACGGCACACUCACUUUCUUUAAAAAUCGCAAGUGUAUAGGUGUUGCUUCUGCGGAGCUGCAGAAUAAGAAGUUCUACCCGAUGGCGUGCUCCACAGCGGCGAAGAGCAGCAUGAAGGUGAUCCGAUCCUGCUCCGCCAGCACCUCCCUGCUGUACCUCUGCUGUGCUCGCCUCCGCCAGCUGAUGCCCGACUGUAUGGACACCCUGGACGUGCUGCCGCUGCCGCCAGGCCUUCGCCAGCUGCUCCACAACAAACUGGGUUGGGUGCUCAGUCUCAACAGUGGCACCAGAGAGGAAGCCUCCGAUGGGCCUGAGCUGCCCUCCCGCUUGCCCGCGCCCCCCUCGGCUGGACCGUCCUCCUCUGAGAGCGACUCUGAGGGUUGCACAUCCGACCUCGAAGCCUGUCGGAGGAAGAGAUGCCGCUGGACGUGAGUCCCCAGCUGGAGUCCCCCCCUCCCCUCUUAAACACUGGCAGACCUGGAUGAUCUUCUGGCGUCUGAUGUUUCUGAGUGUUUCCGAUUAAAAUAAGCAGGAUCAGAGUGGUACGUAAGUGGGAAACUGUGACGGCAGUAUUUCUGCCCACGUGCUGUACUGUGAUCUUGUCUCAUGCCAUUCAGAUAACUUCAGACUCGUCAUACAUUCAGUCUGCAAACCAGCUUCAGUAAUGAGUCAGAAAUAUGCGGUGUUAUAAUGUGAGUUCCCAUAAUUUGUUGCCAUUCGUGUAGAGCGAUUAGUGAAGUGCUGCAGGAAUGGACUGUACAGCGUAACACUGAAGUCAGCUGUGGCCAAAUUCUGAUGUUCUUCCUGAUACAUUUGCAAAAAGGAGAGAAUGUAUAUUUUAGGGAUGCACUGAUACUGCAAUUGGGCCGAUAUUGAUUCAAUUAACUGGAUCGGAUAUUUGAAUUCCUGUUCAAGUUUUGAUCAAGUUGUCGCUGCGUUUAAAAAGGUUUUCUUAUGAAUUGUAAUUCCUGGUAUCUUUGUAGAUCUCUGCACCGAGUAGCUGGCUUAGGAAAUGUCAUUUUAGUAAUAUAUACAAAUUCGGAACAAUUAUGUCUAUUUAUUUAUUUGUUUUAUAAAGUUAGCAAAGCAAUGUUUCCUUACACAUACAAUUAUCCCAUUUGCUUCAACACACCGGCAUACAUCGUAUUAAUCAAACACAGGUAUCUGUUCUCUGCAUCAACUUCCAGGUCUAUCAACCAACUAUUAAUAUCUGUAUUGGGACUGAAAACAUUGGUGCAUCCCCUAAAUAUUUUUCAACCUGUAUGCACAUAAUGUGUGUUGGUCUCAACCUCAAUGCUAUUGAUGCAUUAUCAUAGUAAUAUGUUACAUGUUUUACUUGCAUCUGUAAUAUUCUGGUAAAUUGCCAAAGUGAGAGACUCUCCAAUAAGUGAAACGAAUGGGAAGGGACACACGCCAUAGAUUAUAUAGUAUUCUUUAUUCCUUAUGGAAAAAUUACAGCUCUUAGACAAACACUUUUUAAAGAAACAUGUUUAGAACUAGUGAUAUCACAUAGAACAAGAAAUAGUUGGUUUUAACCUGAAUGUAUUUUGCACCUUUUCGUGCUCCUGAGAUGAAAAUAUUUCAGUUUAUCUCCAAACAAGUAAUAGCCCUUUUGGUUCUUGUUUAAAUAAUAAGAAAUUUGAGAGAGAGAAAAAAAAUCAUUGACACUUCUGGCAACAUCCAUUCGUCACCAGGUUUUGAAAUCCUAUGUCACUUGUUUGUAGCAACUAUGGUUUCACUUUUUCAAAAGAUGUUGCUAGUUUAUUCUUGUUAUUAAAUGCUCUUUUAAAUCUGACCAUGAGACGAGUAUGCCACUCGGAAGAGACUGACGCACAUGUAAAGUUACUUUAAAUCACUGCUAUAUUUUACUGUAUAGAACCUUUAAAAAAGUUUCUUUGAUUGUUUUUUUUACUGAUCUGUUUAUGCAAGUGUGUUCUUUCCCAAGGCCUUUACCCUUCACUCCCUGUGCAAACGCCACUUGGCUAAUGGUACUUUAAUUAUUUCUUUAAAAAGUUCCUUGUUUCAUACAAAUUCGAUUCCAAUGAUGAAAAGUCAGUACGACUAUAGAAGCUUCUCCCACUGCUCCUGGGGAAUAAUACUGAUUCAUAGUUUGCCCAGGUGUUGGAGCUAUACGGUCUUCCCAGUGCUGCCUCAGUCACCGGUCUUUGAUCACGUCCAAUCCGCAAGGGUCUUGGUUCAAGUAAACAGGCACAAACAUUCACUGUACUAUGCAUUUCAAACGUUGUAUUUGAUAAUGGUCUUCAGAAGCACUGUGUAUUUUAAGCAUUGAGGGUAAAGGUACCAGAUCACCAUGGUCAUUAGUUAUGAGUAGUGUGACUUAACACACUUAAAUUAUUACAUAACUGGGCAGGUUAAUCAGAUAAUCCCUAUAGAUCUAUUAAUCUAAAAGAUUAGUUAGUUAGUCCGAGUUAGCAGAUGUAUUUUUGUCUUAUUUCACAGCAUUUUUCUUUUUUUUCUGCAUCCAGGCACUAUUUCUUACUGUUUCACUGUAAAUAGCAAAAUUGUAAGUGUUUCUUCCAUGCCGUGUCAUAUUAAUAAUACUGUAUGUGAUGGCCUUUACUUGCCUUUUUCUGUAUAACUUAUCAGCAUGAUUUCCAGCUGAAAAUAAAUCAAUGCAAAAAUGAA